AUGAACGACUAUUACACCUUUUUGACCACUCUCUACAUACCAUGUUCAGCUUUGAAACAUCCGCCUCUGGGUGGUUGGCCGAACAUUACUGCGGAGGCGACAAAGUGUCUGGACAAAUCGCAUGUUGUCAUUGAGGUCAUGAAGCAUUUACCAUACAUUGAUGAGGCUGAGGCCGGCGAGAUGAUCACGAACAUUCACUACAAGAGCGACGUAGUAGAUUACUCCACAUACACGAAAGAGGACUUCGAGCGCUAUGAUGUAUCGUAUGGAGAAGACGGGCUCAAAGUUUGCAUUGAAGAGAUGGAGGAGCGGAAAAGGGAAGAAGAAGAGCAGCAGGAGCAGGAUGACGAGGAGGGUGAAGAGGAGAACAACGACACGAAUGAAGAUGAACAGAACAACACCAACGAGGAUGAAGAGAACAGCGAAGACGAAGACACCAAUAGCGACAACGAGAACGCACCGCAUGACGAAGGUUACAGUUCCGACGAAGAAGAAGACUUCGGCGACGACCCCGACGACGUCGACAUGAAAGACAUCCUCCUCCUAUCCAUGGGCUACGAAUCCGGCGGACGGAUCCUCCUCCUCGACGUACACAAAGGCAUCAUCCACGAAGACAUAGUCCGCUGCAACCUCGUCUCUGGCGUAUGGAUAGAAGACUUCUUCGAUAACAUGAAAGACAAGCUCCGGAGGUUGGAUUGCGUACCCGUAAGAGGCGAAUUCUAUGAGGGCGUGCCUGAGGUGGAGGAUGAUGGACCGGUGCCUGAAACGGCGGAUCCGUCGAUGGACGAGCAUGACGAGGGGCAUGUGAAGGUAUACAAGAGGAUUUAUCGCAGGUUUGGGUGGCCGGGGAGGGAGUAUAGGAAGGAUGAGGCGAUGGAGGCGGUGGAGAAGUAUCGGGUGAGUGCUUGGGGUUAUUGA